AUGCGGAGUGUGACUGAGAUGAUGACAGUGAUGAUAACUGUCUUAGAUGAGAAUGAUAGCCCACCAGUCUUUGCCCGAGACGUCUACAAUGCCAGCAUCUCAGAAGAAGCUCCAAGUAGUUCACCUAUUACUACUCUUCUGGCUCAAGAUGCUGAUAUUGGUUCCAAUGCUGCUAUCUCAUACAGUAUUAUAAGCGGUAACGAUGGCCACUUCACUAUCGACCCUAAUACUGGACUGAUCCGAACCAGUGGUCAGCUUGACCGAGAGAUCGUCGCCAUGUACUCACUAGGAAUCCGUGCCAGCGAUGGUCGACAGUCUACAGUUACUACCCUAGAUGUGAAUAUACAAGAUGCUAAUGACAAUGAUCCAGAGUUUACAGAGACGACAUAUUCCUUCACAGUGAAUGAGAACCAUGUAGUAGGGACAGCAGUAGAUUCUGUUUGGGCUGUGGAUCUUGAUACAGGAACUAAUGGUGAUGUUGUAUACUCCAUUCUUACUGAAGGAGCACCAGGAGAAGAUGUCUUUACAUUAGACUCAAUAACAGGAGAGUUUUCCCUCAGUACAAGCUUGGAUUAUGAACAGAAGCAACUUUACUUCCUGACUGUCCAAGCUAACGACAGAGGAACCAUACCACGCUCAUCUACAGCCACAGUAUACUUCAAUGUCUUAGACAUCAAUGAUAACCCACCGGUCUUUGAUCCUACAACUUACUUGGUUGAUGUGACUGAAGAUGUAGAUAUAGGAGCGGAAAUCAUUGCAGUUCAAGCUACGGAUGCUGAUUCAGGUCCCAACGCUGAGAUAGCCUUCAUGAUUUCAUCUGGUGAUCCUUCAUCUAGUUUUGCAAUCCAUCCCAAUGGUAGCAUUACUACAGUCAGGAAGCUAGACCGAGAAACUCAAUCCUUCUACAAUCUAAAGAUCACAGCAACGGAUCAAGCUAUCGACGCUACACUAAGGAAAUCUAGUCAAGUUCAUGUAACUGUGAUUGUAUUAGAUAUGAAUGACAAUGCACCAGUCUUCACUACAGGGAACUAUGUCUCAGUAAGAGAAGAUACAACGGUAGGAGAUAUUGUCAUGUUUGUUCAGGCUACGGAUGCUGAUGUAGAAAAGAACAGCUAUAUUGAGUUUUCUUUAUCUCCAGUUCCUGGUGAAGUAUUCUUAAUCAACCCAGUGGAUGGAAAUAUCCGCUUAUGGAAUGCGUUAGAUAGAGAGAUGCAGUCCGAAUACACCCUUACUGUGCUAGCUACCGAUAAAGGUCAACCUCCCCAAUCUACAUCUAUGGAUAUUGUGAUUGAGGUAUCUGAUGUUAAUGAUAACAGACCCGUCUUUGAUCCUACGUCUUAUCAUUCAACUCUACCAGAAGAUGUUCCUCUUGGCUUGGAGUUCCUUGAGGUGUUUGCGACAGAUGCGGACGAAGGAAUUAACGCUGAGUUGCGGUUCUCAAUCAUCAGUGGUAACUAUGACUCAGACUUUGAUAUCAAUCCAAUCACUGGUAUCCUGUCUGUUGCCAACCUGUUAGAUCAUGAACGACGCUCGUCUUAUUCCCUGACUCUCCGUGCUCAAGACAAUGGUGAUGGAUCAAGGUUCUCAUCCGUUACUGUGACUAUCAAUGUUGAGGAUAUCAAUGACAAUGCACCAGUCUUUCCUUCUCAUGAUCAAGCUGAGAUUAUGGAAAAUAACCAACCAGCAGCGGAGGUCAUUCAAGUAUCAGCAACUGAUGAGGAUGGGGGUUCUAACGGCCAAUUGACGUAUCGUAUUCAAGGCAAUGACUAUGAUGGUCUCUUUACUAUUGAACCUGAUACUGGAGCAGUUCACGUUGGUGCAUCGUUAAACAGAGAAGAAGUGCAGAUGUAUACACUGACUAUUAUGGCUCAAGAUGCAGGAAAUCCACCAUUGGAGACAUCCACUGAGUUAACGAUUACAGUAACUGAUGACAAUGACAACCAACCAGAGUUUGAAUUUCCUCAUUACACAACUACCAUGCAAGAGGGAAUAAGUCCUAAUAGUCCAGUCAUUCAAGUCACUGCUACUGAUCUAGAUUCAUCUGCUGCUUUGAGAUACCGACUUGAUAAUACUAUUGGAAGUAAGUUCACCAUUGAGCCAGUGACCGGAGAGAUUCUAACAGCAGGACCACUCAAUAGAGAAGAGCAAUCAAGCUAUGACAUCAUUGUCACUGUAGAGGAUGGUGACCUAUGGACAAGUCAAACGACUGUCACUGUUCAUCUAGAUGACAUCAAUGACAAUGCACCACAGUUUAGUGUACAGGGUUAUCAAGCUUUGAUACCAUCACCUACACCAGCAGGUACCUAUGUGAUAGCUGUAGAGGCCCACGAUGCUGACUUCGGUGUUAAUGCAAAGCUGACGUACUCCAUUAUCAAUGGAGACGCCACUAGAUUUAGCAUUGAUGCUGAUACAGGCUUCAUUACUACAGCUAGACAGCUCACUUUGGAAAGCGGAUCCUACACAUUAGAAGUAUCAGCUGCCGACAGUAACCCAUCUCAUACAGCUGCUAUGGUUACAGUGCAAAUCACAUUCGAUCCAUCAGGAGAAUUCCCAGAGUUUCAGAGUCCGUCUGAUGGUACGAUUUAUACAAUCAAUGAAGAUACAUCAGCCAAUACAGAAGUUGUUACACUACAAGCUGUCAGCCCAAAGACUGGUCAACAAGGGGAUGUAACUUACCACAUCGUAGGAGGCAAUGCUGAGAACUCAUUCAUUGUAGAUGAACAGAGUGGAAGAUUGGCUGUUAAUACUGCUGGUUUGGAUUAUGAAGCUAUACAGAGAUUCUCUCUUCUAGUUGAAGCUCGUGAUGGUGACACACAACCACUGUCAAGUUUCAUACAAGUCAUCGUCAAUGUCCGUGAUGUAAAUGAUAACUACCCAGUGUUUACUCAAGCUGGUUAUAGCGGGAAUGCAUUGGAAGGCCAAUCAGCGGGGAUUGACGUUAUACAAAUCAUUGCUACUGAUGCAGACAGCGCUUUGUUUGGUAAUAUCCGCUACUCUAUACGGAUUGAUAGCAAUCCUAAUAAUGAUUUCAGAAUCAAUCCUAGUACAGGAUGGCUGCAGACAAAUAAAGUCUUAGAUCGAGAAUCAAUUCCUGAAUACGUAUUGACGGUUCAAGCUGAAGACCAAGGAAGUCCUGCUAAGACUGCCCAAGUUACUGUUCAUAUAACAGUAGAUGACAUCAAUGAUAAUGAUUUGAGCUUCACCAAUCUAUUCAGUGCAACCAUACCAGAGAAUUCCCCCAUUGGAACCGAUGUGAUUACCAUUACAACAUCAGAUCUUGAUAUUGUCAAUAGCGUCAGAUAUUCCAUCGUGGGUGUGGGUGAUGGUUUGAGUGACUUUGUCAUUGAUUCCAAAACAGGGCGAAUCCGUGUCAAUGCAACGUUGGAUCGAGAGGUUAAGAGUCAAUAUCAACUUCCAGUCUCGGCUGGUGACGAGUCACAUGUUAAAGAUACAACGGUGACCAUUACAAUAUCUGAUGUAAAUGAUCACUCACCAACAUUCAAUCAAGCAUCCUACAGUGUUAGUCUACCUGAAGGCUUAGCAUCAGGCUCCUCUGCUCUACAAGUCAGUGCUACAGACCUUGAUAUUGGAGCUAAUCAGGAUGUCUAUUACACCAUGAAGUCACGAUCUGAUUUCUUCCUCAUUAAUGAAGAUACUGGUUAUAUAACCAUCAAGACACCGGUAGAUUACAUUCAACCUCUUGACUCAUCUAACCCUAACGUCUAUUAUCUUGAAGUUCUCGCUAGAGAUAGAGGAGUACCGUCUCUAUACACUGAAGUCCAGGUGACUGUAACAAUCUAUGAUGCCAACGAGUACCCACCUGUCUUUGAGAAAGCGGAAUAUUUCUCACCAGUUCCAUUCAACUCCCAAAUAGAUCAGUCUAUUCUACAGAUCAUUGCCACAGAAAGCUUAGACCAGGGACAGAACGCACACAUCCAAUAUUCUAUUAUUGGUGGUAAUGGAUCAUCUCUGUUUGAUAUUGAGCAAGAUUCUGGUUGGAUCCAAGUUAGAUUGAGUCUACAAUCAGAUAUUGGUAGUUAUUACAAUCUUAUUGUUGAAGCUAAGGAUGAAGGGCUACCAUCACCUAUGAGUGCUCAAGUUAAUGUUCAACUUCUUGUCACUGGUAGUAAUGAUAACACACCAAUAUUUGAUGAGUUGACUUAUCAAGUGUCAGUACGUGAAGAUUUAUCAGUGGGAUCGGAAGUGAAACGUGUUACAGCCACAGAUUUAGAUUCUGGCGUUAAUGGAAUGCUUCUGUAUACCAUUGGGAGUGGUAAUGAACAAGGUUUAUUCACCAUCAACGAAGGAACAGGCUUAGUUACUGUAGCUAAGGCUUUAGACUAUGAGGAGUUUACAUCACACACUAUGCAGAUUGCAGUCCGUGAUCAAGGCUGGAAUGAUAAACAUAGCAUUACUGUCUUAACAGUUGAUUUGAUUGAUGUUGAUGAUAACCCUCCAAUCUUCAAUCCAGACCAGUAUGAUCCCAAAGUAGCUGAGAAUUCACCCAGUGCUACGUACGUUACUACUGUGACUGCAAUGGACGCAGAUACAGGAACCAAUGCUGAGUUCACUUAUGAUAUCAUUGGUGGUAAUGGUGUCAAUUUAUUCAUCAUUGAUCAUGACACCGGUGUGAUUCAAACACAAGGCAGCUUGGAUUACGAAGGAGAUCUCAAGAUAUUCCAAUUGUCUAUUGAAGCUGCUAAUGAAGAUACAUCUCAGUUUGGUAUCGCUCACGUCAAAGUGCAUCUAACAGGAGUCAAUGAAGAUAAUCCACGGUUUGUCCAAGCAUCUUACCAAUUCUCUGUAAGUGAAGCUGAAGUUGAUGGUGCUGUCGUGGGUAUGGUCUAUGCUAGUGAUGGUGAUCAGGGAGUAGACGGCCAGGUGCAGUACCUCCUAGUUGGAUCCAGUAAUCAGCAAGGAUUCUCUAUUAAUAUCCUGACUGGAGAACUACUAGUCUCAAAGGCUAAUGGUGAGCUGGAUAGAGAGACCCAAGAUACCAUCACGCUGUCUGUACUUGCUAAGAAUCUAGGACCUAUCACUGGAGAUAACAUCGAUGAAGCUCAAAUUACUAUUACUAUCCUAGAUGCAAAUGAUCCACCACAGUUCCUAAGUGAUCUCUACCAAGCAACAGUUAGUGAAGGGGAUGAUGUAGGUACCUUCGUCACUGUAGUGAGUGCUGUUGAAUACGACCAAAGCAACGAGUUCAGACAGUUCUCAUAUGCAAUCAUGGAUGGUAACCAUCAAGGUGCGUUUGAUAUUGAUGCACUUUCUGGACGUAUAACGAUUGCAUCAGAGCUUGAUAGAGAGAGAGUCUCUACAUACAGACUGACAGUAGGAGCUAUAGACACUGGAGAUCCACCUCAAACAGGAUUGACGCAAGUCGUUAUCAAUAUAGAAGAUGUUAACGAUAAUGGUCCUAUCUUCCUACCAGGCAAUGAUGUUGGUUUUGUCUCAGAGAAUGAAGCUCCUUUAACUAAUGUGAUGAUCCUGAAUGCUACUGAUCCUGAUGAGAAUUCCAAUCCUAGUUUAUUUACAUUCACCCUGCUGCCUAAUCCAGACAGCUCAUCAUUUACAUUGAAUUCAAACACUGGACUUCUAAGAACGACUCGGACUUUAGAUCGAGAACUGAAGAGUGAUUAUUAUCUUUCCAUUGAAUGCGGAGACGGAGCAGUUCCUGAAAUGAAGGCUGUAUCAACGAUCCAUAUCACUGUGCAGGAUCAAAAUGACAACCCGUCAUCAGAAAGAAAUGCCCGUAUUGAAGUCAAAGCCUAUCAGUCUGUAUUCCCUGGAGGUACCAUUGGUGUUGUACGACCUAAUGAUCUUGAUACUGGCGAUGUAUUUGCAUGUCGGAUUGUCAACGGUGAUCAGAAUGUAUUUUCUAUCCAAUCUGGAUGUGAAUUAAACUCCAGAAUGCAUUCUACUGAGUCAGAGUAUACACUUGAGAUAACUGGGGAUGAUGGCCAACAUCCAGCUAUACUCUCGGACUUCAGUGUUUCCUACAAAGCCUUUAAUAAUGAUUCCAUCACCAACAGCAUCACACUUCGAUUAUCAGAUUUAGUCCCUGAGACCUUCCUCUCUGGUUACUAUGAUCGUUUCUCCGCUUCAUUGUUAUCAUUCCUCAGCAUCCGAGAAACGCUUCUGGUUCUAAGCUUGAAUAACAUCGAGAAUGAAGUCAAUAAGAUGGAUCUGACUCUAGCAAUCCAAAAAGACAAUGGAUACACACUACGUGAUGAUGUUGCUAAGUUGAUUACUGAUAACAAAGCAACCAUCAUGAGCCAAUCUGGAGUGAUUAUUGAUAUCGUUGAUUACUCACCAUGCUCAAUCAACCCAUGCAGUAACUCAGGAACAUGUUCUGAUCAUAUCAAGUUAGAACAAACACAAGCCAUUAUUGACAGUCCUUCAAUCAUCUUUGUAGGUCCAGUAAUGCAGCGUGUGUUUAGAUGUGAAUGUAUCAAUGAGUUCUUUGGACCAACCUGUGAGGAACAGAUCAAUGAAUGUGAUUCAGAACCGUGUCUGAAUGGUGGGCUAUGCAUGGAUGAGAUAGGAGGCUAUAGCUGUUCCUGUGCGUUAGGCUAUACUGGUAAUCAAUGUGCCACUAAUAUAGACGACUGUGCAGGAAAUCCUUGUUUGAAUGGUGGAACUUGCUUAGAUCAAGUAGGUGCUUAUAUAUGCCGCUGCAAGCCUGGUUAUAGUGGAGACGAUUGUGAGAAUGGACCAUGUACAAAGCAACCAUGUCAGAAUGAUGGAGUCUGUAUUGAAGAAGGUAGUAGCUACAGAUGUGAAUGUCAGUUUGGAGAAUGGGGCGAUAUAUGUCAGUUUAAGAGUAUUGGAUUCCAGCAAGGUUCUUAUAUGGAGUUUGACGCCCUCACUGGUAGUCAGAAUAUCAUCACGAUGCAGUUCACUACAGUCUCACCUAAUGCUCUGCUACUCUACAACCACGACGGCACAUCAUCUACUGAAGCAGAGUUCUUAACACUUGAAGUUAUAUCCGGCAAGCUACAGCUAUCCUACAAUCUAGGAGAUGGUGUGACGGUGAUAUCUACUGAUAAAGAGAUUGCUGAUGGGCAGUGGCACUCGGUUGAAGCAAGACGCAUUGGGAAGGAUGGCAUGUUGACUGUAGAUGACUGCUCUUCAUCUGAAGCUGAUGGUUUCUGCAGAGCAUCCGGUGGAAAUGGAAAUGAAAUGAACCUUGAUGUAAACGCUGUGCCCCUCAGCCUUGGAGGUACUGAGUCUAUCCACGUUAUAUUAGAACGAUCCUGGCAGGUUUCAUCAGCAGAUUUCUUAGGAUGUAUCCGGAAUGUUUACAUUAAUGGUUCACCAUUAGAUCUAUCUGCACCAUUAGCUGAGAGAGGAACGGGUGAAGGAUGUGAUAGGAAUACAGAGACGUGUUCUAAUAAUCCAUGCAGUGGGAAUAGUUUGUGUGUGGAUGAAUGGUGGAAACAUUGGUGUCAGUGUCAAGCAGGUUCAUCUGGAGAUAACUGUGAUAAAGCUUCGACAGCAUUUUCCUUUGGUGGUGACAGCUUUGUUGAAUAUGUCGUCAAGGAGAGCUUCCAACGUCAACAACUCCUGGAUGCAGCUAAGGCUGAUACUAGAAGAAGGAGACGGGAUGCCAUACCAAGCUCACAGACCAUUUCUAUGUCAUUCAGGACAGGGUCGUCACAUGGUUUACUUUUGCUGGUUGAGUCUGGAGCUGAUUUUACUGUACUCCAGAUUGUAAAUGGAGAAGCUCAAUACAGUUUUGGUUCAGCCGGUCAAACCAAGGGUUCUGUCACCCUACAGAUGAGCUUGAAUGACUGGAAGUGGCAUAAUAUCAAUCUGUACAGAGAGGGCGCUACUAUCUCUCUAGAGGUUGGUGUGGAUGGAGCCUCAGAGCGAUUCAAUGAAGUACCGCAUGACUUUACUGGACUUGAUGUUAGCGGAAUGUCACUGGGUGGUACUAAGAAACCUCUAUUCAUCGAUGGCAAGAAUAUCACUGCUUUUUCUGGCUGCUUAGAGGACUUUGAACUGAAUGGUGCUGCUCUACCUCUAGAUGGCGCUAAUGAGAUGUUUGAUGCUAUACCAUCAGAGAGUACUGGACAGGAAUGUGGUACAGUCAAUGUGUGUUUACCCAAUCACUGUCCGGUUGGUCAGAUAUGUAAUAUUGAUGGAGAUGGGUAUUCCUGCGAGUGCCAGGCUGGAUUCUCAGGAGAUGAAUGUAAGAUACCAGCGACUGGUGGUCCAGGUAGUAACACAGUCUUAAUUGCACUUGUAGUUGUGUUCUCCAUACUGCUUCUUGUGAUCGUCUUGGUUUGUUUCCUGUUGCUGUUACGAUAUCGUAACAAAGCUAAGGAAUCCCGGGCUGUUGCGGCAACCCGAGCUAAGAACACUUUCUCAAUGGAUUCCCUUGAUAACCCUGGUUACAGCUCAGAUACAUUUGAUAAUCCUACUAUGAUGGGCUCACAUAAUAAGACACUCAACAACAUGGAUGUGAUACGUCAACAACCAGAUAUCAUUGAGCAGAAUGCACAUGCUGAUAUGCCUGGUGAUUCCUUCAUUGUGGAUACUGAUGAUGUAGUGAUUGGUGAAGAAGCAUCAGGGAGAGAUCUUGAUGUUCCAGAACACUAUGAUCUUGAGAAUGCUAGCAGCAUUGCUCCAUCUGAUAUUGAACCAGCAUACCACUACAGAUAUUACCAUGAUGGUAGAGAGCGUAAGCAGAAACGUCAUGCUUACCGGUACUCACCAAACCCCAUGUUAGCUCGUAUUGGAACUCCACCAUGUGAAAGCCCCGUUAGCCAAGCAUCUUCCAGACAUACUCCAAUGAAUAUCAAUCCAAACCCUAACUCAAUGCACUUACGAAGCAGCCCUAGUGGGGUAUCUCAUAGUACUCCCAUGGAGACAACGAGAGCAAGUCCAGCUUCUGCUGUGACCAGACAGAGUCCAGCAUUGAGACAAAGCCCAGCCUUACUUAUCAAUAAUCAACCCACACUGCGCUCAGCAACACCAUUACGCCUUAGCCGAGCCAAUACACCAAUACGUAAUAUUGCCAGCCCUGUAGGAUCUGAUCAUAGUUUUAAUCAGAGUGAGCUUCGAAGCCAGGGGCAUCACAGUGAUGUAAGUAGUCUCCGUAGUGGACAGGGAGAUAGAACUCAUGCCAACCCUAAGCCACGUGAAACACACAGACCGCCACGUCCUCGUAGUAGAUUAAAGGAGAAAUCUCCUGGAGACUUAAGAAGCUCAUUAGGCUUAACGGUAGAAGAAGUCAAGAGACUAAACACAGCUCGACCAGAUUUAAUGACUGGGAGCCAUGCCAGUACUAUUGAUAACCUUUCAUCUGUAAGCAGUAAACAUAGACAUCAUCCAGUCCUUCCACCACUGCCAUCAGACCUUGAGCCCUCACCACUCCUUGAACCUCCUGAGUCAUCAUCCUCUGAUGAGACAGCCGGUUCAUUCACAUGCUCAGAAGCAGAUUCAGAACAUGAGAAAGUGAAAUUAAGAGAUCUGGAUCCAGGAAUGCUGCUUCUCUCUCGUCUGUCCCAAGUCGAUGAUGGGGUAGAGGAGGAUGAAGAAGCUGAGACUUAUGAACAGUUUAGCGCUCCCUUCAAGAAGAAAGAGGGUCUUAACUCUAGAGGGGGCUCUCUUAGUACCCUCUUUGCAUCAGAAGAUGAAACUAUGGACCCUAAGAAAACCAAUGGACAAUUCAGUUGGGACCAAUUCUUAAACUGGGGUCCACGCUUUGAGACUUUUAUGGGUGUCUUUGCAGACAUCUCCCAGCUGCAAGAGACAACUCCUCCUGAAGAGUCAGUUUAUAUUGAACAAUCGGCUGAAGAAUUUGUUUAAAUUAUAAACCCAACCAAAUGAUAUAUAUAUAUUUUUUAUUUACUAUUGUGUUUCUCUGGUGAAGACAAAUUCUUAAAGAGAUUUAUGCAAAAUACUGUCCAUUGGUAAUGUAUUUAAUAAUAGACUCUUUUGUAUAUUUUAACUUGUUAGUAAAUGUAUGAUGUGUACAUUCCCUGGACUUUGUUUAAGUGUCGGGUAAAAGUAAGUUUGUCAAUCCAUUGAUUGGGAACAAUUCCUUGUGAUUGUAUUUUCACAAUUAUCUUGAUGUUAAUACUGCAGAACAAGGACAACACAUUCCAAAGUGAGAAGUCCUUUAUUUCUAUUUAUUCUUUGUGCAUGAAGUUUCCAAAGAAAUCAGUAAUUUUUUUGAAAUUUAUAAACAUGAUUGAUCAAAAUAAAUGUUUGUCUUUUUUACUCUGCAUGUGCCAGAUGAGCUUUUUAUGACAAACUCAAAAUUCCUGUGAGUUAUUAUUCAAUUUACCAUCAUUUUAUAAAUCUUUAUUGUGGAAUGGACAAUAUUUAAAUUGUUUUUGGGUGGAGAUGUAAUUGAGUUCCACUUAUUUUUUAAGGUUUAAUAGAAACUUUUUAGAAUAUUUGAAAUAGCCAUUUGUCCAUUACUAUGCAGGACUGAUUUUACACAGCAUUGUACAUAAAUAAAUAUUGUGUAUUGUUUUUAUUUAACCUGUUCAUAAUUGUUUAUUAAUGUCUGAUAUAGUCUAUCUUGUUUAAUAUCAAUGUUUAUAAAUGCAGGGUCGUUAACUUUGACUCCUUCCAAACUUGUUAUAUUUGUCAAAUAUUAUGUUAUGGUUAACAUAGUAAUGCUGUGUUCCAGAAAGAAACACAAUUUAUUUAUUGUGAAUCAGUCAUCAUUCCAUAAGGCCAGCAGUCGUAUCUGGCAGUAGUUCUGGCCCCAAUUUCAUAAAGCCUGUAAGCACAAUAACUUGCUAAGCAGAGAAUAGUACUGCUUAGUAAGCAGAAACACCAGCCCAAUGCAAGAUUGCAUUUUUGUGGCUAGUGCAGACUCAAUUUUGUUCUUCUAAA